AGCUUGUGAUGUGGAGCAAGGUGGUGGAGUGUGGUAGUAACUACUAGCCAACAAUGCAAGUUCUGCAACUCCAAACCUCUUAUCUCUUCACUUUCCCAAAACCCCCCAUAAACCCUUCUUCUUCCCAUUUCCACCGCCCUCUCCUCCUCCGUAACCGCCCACUCUCCGGCCUCGUCGCCAAGGCCUUCAGCUCCGAUGAGUUCCCCGUCGACGAAGACACCUUCCCCCAGAACUUCACCCCUCCGACCCAAGAAGCCGAGGACGAAGCCCGACGCCGCAACUGGAUCGAGCGCGGCUGGGCUCCCUGGGAAGAAAUCCUCACUCCGGAGGCUGACUUCGCCCGCAAGAGCCUCAACGAAGGGGAAGAGGUUCCCCUCCGUUCCCCUGAGGCCAUUGAAGCGUUUCAGAUGUUGAACCCUAGGUACCGCAAGCAGAAGAGGCUGGAGAUGGGGCUCACUGAGGAGGAGUACAACCAGAAGCAGUUUGAGAUUAAGGGUGAGAUCCCGGACCCGCUGGAGACUACGUGGGCGGGACCGCUGGUUGUGCGCCUUGUGCCGCCGCGCGAUUGGCCGCCGCAAGGGUGGGAGGUGGACCGGGAGGAGCUGGCGUAUAUUCGGGAGGCGCAUAAAAUGCAGGCCAAGAGGGUCAGUGUGGAGGAGAUUGAGAAUGGAGUGAGGACUGAAACUGAUGAUGUGUGCUUGGAUAGGUACAAGGUGUUUCUGAAGCAGUACAAGGAGUGGGUGGAGGCAAACAAGGAUAGAUUGGAGGAGGAGUCUUACGAGCAAGACCAAGAUUAUCACCCUGGCAGAAGGAAAAGAGGCAAGGAUUACAAGGAGGGCAUGUACGAGCUUCCAUUUUAUUAUCCUGGCCAAAUUUGUUUAGGGAAGGUUGUUAACUUGCACCUGUAUCAAGGGGCAUUUGUUGAUAUUGGCGGGGUCUAUGAUGGGUGGGUUCCUAUAAAGGGCAAUGAUUGGUUUUGGAUUCGUCAUCACAUUACAGUGGGUAUGAAUGUCUUCGUUGAAAUUACGGCAAAGCGAGAUCCUUAUCGCUUCCGGUUUCCUAUCGAACUCCGUUUUGUUGAUCCAAAUAUAGAUCAUCUGAUCUUUAACAGAUUUGAUUUUCCACCAAUAUUUCAACGUGCUGAAGAUACUAACCCAGAUGAAGUUCGGCGUCACUGUGGAAGACCUCCUAUUCCUAGAAAAGAUCCAGGUGACAAGCCAGAGGAAGCACCUUUAUUGUCUAAUCACCCAUAUGUUGAUAAGUUAUGGCAGAUUAACGUAGCUGAGCAAAUGAUUUUGGAUGAUAUGGAAACUAAUCCUGAUAAAUAUAGAGGUAAAAAGCUGUCAGAUUUGGUUGAUGAUGAUGAUUUUGACGAAGAAAGUGCUGUUCAGUAUUCAAAAGCUAGUUAUAAGAAUUCAGUUCUACAAAAAAUGACUCUGAAAACAAGUGUCAAAGAGCUUGACUUAGAGGCUGCACUUGCUGAGCGUGAGCUCCACAUUAAACUAAUGAAGGAAGCAAAGGACAGAGAUGAGGAGUACAAAAUUACCAAAUUGAGGCGCAAUAUUGAGAUGGAUGAAUAUGAUUAUAUGCAUUGGCGUAGAUCAUUUGAGGAAAGAGAAGCAUUACUUAGAGACAUCAGCUGUCGCAAAGCUCUUGGUCUGCCAUUAGAAGAGCCAGGAAGGUAUGUGGAUGCUAGUUAUUUUGGUAAAGGCAAAUAUGAUCCUUCAAGUCCUCUGUAUCGUUAUGACUACUGGGGGGAGCCCAAGAAUUCAGAGAAGAGCAGGAGAGAGCGGAGGACAGAUACCCAUAAUAAAGCAAUUGUGGGUAAGGGCACUGUUUGGUAUGAAAUGUCCUACGAAGAUUGCAUCAAGCAACAGAUGAGAAGAGAAGCCCAGUCCAUGGCACAACAGGGCAAACAAGUUAAGGAUGAAGAUACCAAACAAGUUCAAGGUGCUGAAGAUGAGGACGAUGAUGAUGACGAUGAUGAUGACUUUGACUUCAGCAUUCUGAGCAGACUUGGUAGCAAUGGCUCAGAUCAGGUUCAUGUUAAUGGGACCGAAUCUUCUAGUAUGUCAGAUGAAACCAUGUUUGAGGAUUGAUGUUAUAAUGCAUUUCUUGAGUAGCUAAAGUAAUGUACACAGUUAGGUUGAGGAAUGUGCAUAAAUUUUGUUAGUGUAGAUUAAAUUCACUACGGCAAUCUAAUUUUGUUUGUUUGUGAAAAUGGUCAUAUCCAUGUCUUUCAUGAAUUUGCAUAAAAAACCCUGAUUGACUGUUGUUA